AUGUCUUUUGGACUUAUUUCCGACUGGGGCCUUGGAAAUAAUGGAGUGAAAAUCUCCAUAAAUUAUUUCGAUGGAAUCGUAGAGCAAAGUCUCUCUAGCGCGCUAGGAUCUUCAGAGUUGCAACUUAUUUUCAAGUCGCUUCUAAAGCGCGAUGAGACGACCAAGGAAAAGGCUCUCAGUGACCUACUCAACAUGAUGGGUGACUUGGAGCAUAAUAGACAUCUCUUCGAAGACGAAAGUUUUGCGCUUUGCUGGUCCCAAGUCUAUGCGAAAUUGAUAACAAACGAGUCCAGAAAUGUUCGGAUCUCAGCACACACCAUUACAGCGGACUAUAUCAGACUCCUGGGCAAAAAAAGUGGAAAAUUUUUGCCAGAUUUCGUACCUUUCUUGCUUUCCGGUAUUUACGAUUGUGAUUCCUUCGUAUCAAAAUCGUGUUCCCAGGAUGUUUUGAAAUGCUUUGGGGGCGAUGCGAGCAAAAUGACUGCUCUAUGGAGACUAUUCCAAUCGCAGACUUUACGUUUCGUAAAAGAAGUGUUGCUCGUGGAAACAGCAACUUCCUUGAGCGACGAACGCUACAUCUCGAAAGAAGAUUCUCAAUUGAAAUAUAUGCGGAUCGCUACGACUGCAGUAUCUAUGUUGAAUCGCUUGGCACUAGAAAACUCAGAUCAUUUCAACCCGGAAAACGAGAGAUAUUACGAAGUUUUGUCGAGCGAAAACCUGUGGCGUUUACUGUCUUUCAAAGAUAUUCAUAGUCUUAAACCAAGCGAGGCAUUGAUAACCCUUGUAGAAACGAUGUGGGAGUCUGGUUUUUUAAUCAGGUGUAAGCAAGUCCUCAAGCUCAUUUCCAAACGGCUCCUGAAAUGCUUGGGCCAGUUAUCGACUAAAACUUUGAUGAGUGUUUCCCUCUUGUUUCCUAAAAUCAUACAAGUUUUGUCACACUUGCUCGAAUACAAGGAUGGCAAAGUACUUUCCUGGGAUAAAGGUUCUCAAGAAAAGGUGAAAAAGUUACUUCUUUUGGGACCCGGAAAUGCAGAUCCUGGUUAUUACACUGCCCUAUUAUCAUUUUUUCAAAACAGCAACUCUGUUUUGGGAUUCGAUUACAGCUCGGACUGGUUAGAAAUUUGGCACCGAGAUCUCAAGUAUGAGAGCCAGAGGCGCGGUUUACCAGCUAAAUGUCAAGCCAUGACAGAUAAACUGUGGGAAAACUAUCUCACUUUCAUAUCCCUUGCACCGGAAUCUCUUCGGGACAAUGCCAAAGAAGCUUCUAAGCGAGAAAUUCUAACAGCUCUCGACGAAAAAACUCUAACGAGCCAUAGCACCACGGUCACACUAUUUGCCGAAGAACUUUCCUUUGAUUCUCUGGAGACAGAGGUCUCACGCCUUCUGCCUUCUGGAGUCGGUGGUAAGCAUAAAGACACGCGUUACAUGGACAAUUUGGCUGUUGUUGCAUUUUCAAAAAAAGAUUCAUACUCUUUUCUCAAUCACCUUUCAGAUCUUAUGAUUGAGUCUCUGCGAACGCAUAAAUUUGAUAGCUCCCAUUACUGCUACUUUUUCUACAUGAGACUGCUGAAAUCGAGUGUUCCCGCCUUGUUAGAGAAAGUUGCUGACUUGCUGCAGUUACUUUCAGAAAACCUAGAUACAGAGAAUUACGCUGCGUCCUCUGAAAUUUUCACAGCUUUUUCACGUAAAAUCUCUGUUGAUCACUUGAAGAACAGUCGUACUUCAAAAACUUUCAUUACGUUUUUAGACUCAUUCCUAGACUUAGACAUUUCUGCGGCAAAAAAACUCGAAGUCACGAACACUCUAAACACAAGUUAUCUUCAGCAGAUCGCAAAACACUCACAUCGAUACCAAGACUUUCAAAGUGCUACACUGGACAACUUCAGCUUCUCGGAUGCCCAACUUUACAAGAGCCAGGUAAUAAAUGAGGAAACGAUUUGCGAGCUUUACCGGAAGGCUUCAAAUCACUCACAGAUGCGUUCUCUUAAUUCUAACUGUAAGACUUUUAGACCAGACCUGUAUGAGCACCUACUGCUCAACACUGACAUCAUAAUUGACAUUUUGUUCGAAGACUUAGGGCCUGUCACAUCAGAUAUGAAGGCCACAGUAUUGCGGCUCUCUGAAGUUCACGAUGAAGUGGCCGUCAAAGCGGCCCUAGCGGCUAUCUCAAGCUUGAAAAAUUCAUCCAGUGCGGACAUCCCGGAGAUGAAGGAGUAUGUUGUCAACCUUAUUGCUGUAAAUGAUAAAGUUUUGAGCACUCUACUACCGUACAACAUAUACGAAACGCUUGACGAGGCGGUUCCUUUCGUCAGUCACCAGCUCGCGACCAGUAGCUCUCUGGGACUAAACGUGUUUGUACUGCCAGUCAGUAACCAGGAACUGGAUCUGCUUCUUGUUGAACCCGCCAUCAAAGUGGCCCAAUUUUUGGAUGGUAUUUUAGCGCAAUUCCCCAAAUAUUUGACGGAUGAGGUUUCGUUAUAUCUAGCGAUCAUGAGUGAGCUUGCAGCUGACUAUAACUUUUACAGUUCAGAGCCAUCGGAGGAUUAUCAAAACUUCAAAUGCUCAUUGUUUAAAGAGCGCCGAUACCAAUACGACGUCAAAGAGAUUCUAGAAGCCAUAAUCUCGCCUGGCGGGUCAAGUUCCAAGCUCCUGAACCUAGUUUCGAGUACUGAUGGGAAGACUGCCACUGGCACUCUGUUCAAUUGCCGCAUUCUAAGGAAGCUUUUAACAAACGCUAUCGAUUAUGCAUCAUCGUCAAUCUUUGACGAUAAAACUCUAGAGUCUUUCAUUUUGAGUACACUCAGAGACCAGGCAGCUCCAAGUAGUAGAGUUCUUCAGGGUGCUACAAUUCUUUCUUCCAUUACCAAAUUUAGCACAUCUGAUGCUUUAACAAGAACGAGGACAUACCUUGCUUCAGAAAUUAUCGGCGCGAAGGAUCCUGCCGUUGCAGAAAGAACGGCCACUUUGAUGAUUUUCCUGAGUAAUCUUCUCAAGGUUGAUGACUUUUCAGUGCUUGACCCAGAUUACCAGCCUAUUGCACCUCAGCGGCUCAGGAUGAUCUUGAUCGAAAUAGGCAAAUGGUUUGACAGCGAUAUGUGGUAUGAUGAUGUAUUUUCAACCUUAAGGCUUGCUCUGUGCGAGUUUCUCGGACUACUGCUGAACAUUCCAUCUUCCUAUGCUUUUGGUCAAUCAAUUUGCGACCAUUCUCAUCGAGUUGUAAGGGACUGCAUUGAUUUGGUGAGUGCUGGCGACGUUCCGUUUGUUUCUGAAUUCAAAAUCCUCUCUGUUAGUCUCUAUGGUCGAUUGACGAGUAAAAAAACGAUGUCCAUUAUGGAAGUAAGAAGUCAGAGAACUGAAGAUAUGCUGGAAUUGUCUGAUGUUCUAAUCGAUGCAUUUCUUCUGCAAGGCGACUUUACGAAGCCGAAUCAUUUCUCAUAUGUUUUGUACAAGUCUCUAGCAGAAGUCCUGCGUAGUUCGGAUACUUCGAGCUUUUCACCAUACUCGGAAAGUUUGAUGGAGAAUAUCGUGCACUCGUUGGACUUGAACAUUGAUCAGACAAGACUGAUGGUCAAAAUCGCUAGAGAAUCAAUUCUUGCGGAACAACAGACGCUAUUGGUUGAGUUUGAACUCGAUGGCAACGCCAAGGGUGACGCAGAUGCAACUACUCAGAAAUACCAGCUUCCACCGGGACUACUCGAUAAGCUGGAACACGAUGCACCUCAUGAAUACCUUGAGAACGAAAACGUAUACCAAUUCUUGAAAUAUCUCUUCGAUUGUUAUUUGACGCUGACCUAUUUCACGGAUAUUUCAUACAAUUUGAGACAAUUUUACGUCGCGCAACUAAGAGAACGGGGUCUUAUUUUCAAACUUUUCGAUUUCAUCGCAGACCAACUGGACCCUGAUGACAAGUCAUGGAUUCCAACGGAAGACUUCUCAGUUCCAGCAUACAACAUCGAUGGACCCGGGUUUUCUUCAUCGCGAGAAACCAUCCUUCAAGAAUGUAAACACCUACUGUUGCAUUUGUUGUACGUGCUUUUCAAGGACAUGGGCGCCAUCACCAGCUCGUGGUGGUUGAAUCUUAAAGACAGGGCCUUGCAAACGAAAAUUGAGAAAUUCAUCACCGCUCACAUUUCCCCGAUUUUGGUGAAGCAAGAACUAGAGGAUGUCGCCAAGAGAGCGAAAAAGCUUACAGAUCAAGACGAAAGUUUGACGGUUAAAGUCAAUAACGUCACCAACGAAAUCAAAGCUGGAUACCUAGUGGAUGAGCAAAAGCUGGAGAUUGCUUUAAAACUGCCUGCUAAUUAUCCGCUCAACAAUAUCGAGGUCCAUGGAGUCUCAAAGGUGGGCAUCAGUGAACAGAAAUGGAAAUCGUGGAUUUUGUCCGCGCAGCGGGUCAUGGUCGGUAUGAAUGGUUCCGUCAUGGAUUCCCUCGAGUUGUUCACCAAAAAUGUGAAUCUGCAUUUUGCCGGUUUCGAAGAGUGUGCUAUCUGCUACUCUAUUUUGCAUGCUGUUGACCGUAAGCUACCGACCAAAGUGUGCCCCACCUGCAAGAACCGGUUCCAUGGUGCCUGUCUCUACAAAUGGUUCCGUUCUUCUGGCAACAACACCUGUCCUUUGUGUCGUAGUGAGAUUCCGUUUAGAAGGUGA